CCAACAUGUGACAGAGCAUCGCACCCAUCCUACCACUCCGGAGGUAAACUCCAACACAGACUCAACUUCAUGCGCUCGCCUUCUCCAUCGGCUCCGUCUAUUUUCUGUCUUUAUUUUUUUUCUUUUUUUUUUACUCAUCUUCUUUUACUUCUUCCUCUCCCUAACGAGCCCUGUAAUGUCCUGUUAAUUCUGUGUGCGCUAGUUAAUGAGCAUUAAUCCGUCACCCCUGGAUGCUAUUGUUGCAGCGGGGGAUGGCCAUUUGAAUGCAAAUGCGUGACACUGUGACAGCAAGGUGCUUAUUAAAGUGAUGAGCGCUGCUGUGCGCUGUACCGGGGGACCAGCGGAGUGAGAGGAGCGGAGCGGGGCAGCUGGAGGAGCGGGGCGGACUGGAGGAACUUCUGCUCUGCUGCAAAACUAACAAAAGAACGACAAACAAACAAAAAAAACCAGCAAGAACAACAGCAAAGAAAUGGCAAGUUCUGCGUCCCUGGAGACGGUGAUGUCCUGCGGUAGGACCGGGCCGUCCGCGGCCCCAAAGAGCCUCGCCUUCUCCAUAGACCGGAUCAUGUCCAAGGGCUCGGAGCCGAGGGGCGGCGGAGAGGAGCGGCCGGAGGGGAGGAAGCUGCUGGGGCUCUGCUCCCCGAUCCCCUGCAUGAUCCCGCUGCAGCCCUUCAGCUACGACCUGCAAGCCAAGGCGCUGAUGAACUACUCGGAGCUGUGGAGAGCCAGCUUCCGAGGGACUUUCUGCGGCUCCGCGGCCGCUCCGUGCAAAGCCAGCUGCGGCAUGUGCGCCAAGGCGGAGGCGGGCGUGAAGCAGCCGGGCCGCGUGGUGAAGCCGCAGGUGAUCCAGCAGGCCGUGGCCGUGCCCAGCGGCGUCGGCGGCGGCGGCGGCGGCUCGCUGUACUAUCUCAACUACCUGGACUCUGCGUACCAGCAGCAGUCGGAGCUGCUGGCCGGACACUGGUUCUCCAGCCCGCAGGCCCACGCUUCUCUGUCGGCGCACCACAGACUCUUGCUGCUGGAGAACGCGAAGCUCGCCGGGGUGGGUGCCGAAAAGCUGCCCACGCCGCAGUACCCGCACAAGGAGCAUCUGCCGGGGCAGCUGGACCAGAUAGUGAAGGAGAGCCACGGCCUGAGCCCCGAGAAGAGCGGCGCCAAGACGCACAGCAAAGUCAGCGGCGGCAGCGGCGCAGACGGGAAACCCAAAAACUUCACGUGUGAAGUGUGUGGAAAGGUUUUUAACGCGCAUUACAACCUGACCAGACACAUGCCGGUGCACACCGGGGCCCGGCCCUUCGUCUGCAAGGUGUGCGGGAAAGGCUUCCGGCAGGCCAGCACGCUGUGCAGGCACAAGAUCAUCCACACACAGGAAAAGCCUCAUAAAUGUAACCAGUGUGGGAAGGCGUUCAACAGAAGCUCCACGCUCAACACGCACGUGCGGAUCCACGCCGGGUACAAGCCUUUCGUCUGUGAGUUCUGCGGGAAAGGUUUCCACCAGAAAGGAAACUACAAGAACCACAAGCUGACGCACAGCGGCGAGAAGCAGUACAAGUGCUCCAUCUGCAACAAGGCCUUCCACCAGGUGUACAACCUCACCUUCCACAUGCACACGCACAACGACAAGAAGCCCUUCACCUGCGCCACCUGCGGCAAGGGCUUCUGCCGCAACUUUGACCUGAAGAAACACAUCCGGAAGCUGCACGACAGCGUCUUCUCGCCAGCCACAAACGCCUCCAGAGAGCCCCAGAGCUGAGGCACGCUGCCCCGUUUCCUGCCAGAAUGCAUUUCAAGAAUAUUCCACCUGGGACUGUUGGACCUCAAAAAA